AGUCAGCUGUUGACAUGUGUUGACUUUUGAAUUCUUUGGUGAAUUAAAUUUUUUGAUUUAAUGUUAUUAUAAAUCUAACGAAAAGAUAAGCUGUUUAGAAUUAUCAUUGAAAUUAAUAAAACUUAUAAUAUUGUUUAUUUAUAGAUAUAGAAUAUUAACAAUUAAAGAAAAUUAAACAUUGAUAUCAUUUAUGUUUAAAGUGUAUUAAAAUUUUUAUUUUGGUAUAUUUUUUCGUUCUGAUAAGUUCUAAUAUUUCAUUAGUAGAAAAUGGAAGAAGUGUCGAAAGUAAUUAUUAAACCAUUACAACAGUCAAUUUAUAUGAAACCUUACACAAUGCACUUUGUACAAAACGGCGUGAAGAGAACUUGGGAUUUAUUAACUAUUCAUGAUAGUGUAGCUAUCCUAUUAUAUAAUAUUUCGAGAAAUGUACUAAUUUUUGUGAAACAGUUUCGACCAGCAGUUUAUUUCGGAAGUAUCCCCGAAGAAGAUAGAAAAUUUGAUGAAGAAAUUGAUAUGAAAAAGUAUCCACCUUCUUUAGGAGUGACUUUGGAACUUUGUGCUGGUAUAAUAGAUAAACAGAAAUCUCAAGAGGUAAUUGCCAAAGAGGAAGUACUCGAGGAAUGCGGAUAUGAUGUACCAAUUAGUAGUUUGGAAAAAAUUGGUUUAUAUAGAUCUGGUGUAGGUACUUCUGCCAGUCUUCAAACUGCUUUUUAUUGUGAAGUUACUGAUGAAAUGAAAGUUUCUGCAGGAGGAGGCGUAGAUGAUGAAAUUAUAGAAGUUGUUGAAAUGACAGUUGGAGACAUUAAAAAAUACGUAACUCAAGAUUAUAUAAAAAGUCCUCCUAGUUUUAUGUUUGCCAUUUACUGGUUUUUAUAUCAUAAACAAAAAUAAUGUUAACUAAAUCAAUUCCAAUAAAAGUUUUUAAUCACAA